UUAUUAAUAGCUCUAAUAAUUAUUCUGAAACAUGGGAAUAAGAUACAUACGCUUGAUUGUGCAAGUGUUUGAUGUUUUCAGGCAUGAAGGUCUCAGUGAAGUGUGAAGGUGUGAAAAAGGUGGCUGUGGCGACCACAGAAGAUAACGGCUUCUUCAAAGUGAAACUUCCCUCAGACCAAACAAACCCUCCCUCUUCGAACUGCUUUGCUAAACUUGUUGGAGGGCCAGAUCAGGUUUAUGCCUCUAACAAAGACCAACUCUCCCAAAUUGUAAAGGGAAAUGACAAGAACACUUACACCAUCUCCACUCCUCUUACUUUCUUCACAUCCUGUCCUCAAAACACAGAAUGCAAUAAGGAUGCCAACGUCUUCGCUUCAUCCAAAACCUUUGAUCUUCCUCUGCCUCCGGAAUGGGGUUUGCCACCAAGUAGCUACUAUGUUCCUUUCUUCCCCAUCAUCGGAAUACCUUAGUUUCUUCUACAGUAACAUAAUCCCUAGGAAUGAACAAAAAUAUAUACUGUUGUAUGGUUUGGUAUUUUAGGUGUCCAUAUGCGUCAUGUCAUGUGUGUAAUAAAUAACAUGAAAGUUGCAUAUGCAGUUGUGGUAGCACUAUGUUAUGAUAUUCAUAUGAAAGCACUAUAUUCUCGGUAUAUGUAAUCACUUUAAUGAAAAACCGCAUUGCUUGCUCUUGUUA